AUGUCCUGGGUACAAGUUGCAGUCAGACAAUCCAAUGAGGAUGUAUUUGAUGAAGAUGCAGAUGAGAUGUAUCUACUACAAAAAGAAUGGAACAGCACCAUGAAAAAAAGAUUGAAGGAAGGUUACAGGGAUGGAAUUGAAGCUGGGAAAGUAGUGGCACUCCAGCAAGGCUUCAGUCAAGGUUACAGACACAGUGCUGAGAUGAUGGUUGCCUGUGGCCGGUUCAGAGGAACCCUGAAUGCUCUCUUAUCCUGGUGCCAUCUUAAUGGGCAUGAUUCUGCCUUAAGUAAGAUAAAUAAUCUUCUCCAUGUGAUUGGAAGGUAUGAGGAAGAUGUGCUUAAAUACCUGAAUUCUAUCGAACAACAGUCACAUCUCGGACACAUUUUAGAUUCUGUUCAGGACAUGGACCUUAAUUACACAGCUCCAGCUGGGACAGAGGACAAUGAAGUUAAAGCUGGAAAACACAAAGAGGUUGGCAGUUCUGAUGAAAACAUUUGUAGAAAUAAUUGUGAGGUUGGUUCCUUGCAGUCUGAGUGCAGCAGGGCAAAACUCUGCACAGGUCCCAAAAGGUCAACCCUUGCUUGGGUUAAAAAGCAAACUGUUUGGCUGGUAGAGCAACUGGGCUUACCACUGGAUACACUCCAUUACGUCCAGCAACUGGAACAUUAG